CACCACACAUCCACUUCUUCCGCUCAGCCCAGCAUGGCGGGCGCAAGCGACAAGGCUCGCUUCUACCUCGAGCAGUACGUCCCCGAGCUGCAGGAGUUUGAACGCAAAGGCAUCUUUACCUCCGAUGAAAUAACCGCCAUCGCAUCCAAGCGCAGCGACUUUGAACACAUUCUGAAUGCGCGCGGCUCGCGGCCAACCGACUAUGCACGCUAUGUCACAUACGAGAUGAACCUCGACCGACUGCGCAAGAAGCGGAGUAAGCGACUGGGAAUCAAAGCCACUGCUUUCUCCGGCCAGCGCACCAUCUUCUUCAUCCUCGAUCGCGCGACGAAGAAGUUUCCCGGGGAUAUGGGGCUGUGGAUGCACUAUGUCCACUUUUGUCAGAAAGAGAAGGCGAACAAGAAGCUGGCAAAAGUGUUUACGACGCUGUUGAGGUUGAAGCCCAGGGAAUGGGGAUUGUGGGUUCUCGCUGCGAAGCACUAUGCAGAGAAUCAGGGCGACAUGAGCACGGCACGGUCGUAUAUGCAACGCGGUCUGAGAUUUUGUAAGGAUGAGGACAGAUUAUGGUUGGAGUACUUGCGGUUGGAAAUGGGGUACCUCGCGAAACUUGCGGCGAGGCGCAAGAUCCUGGGCAUCGAGGAAGAACCCAGAGAGGCGGCACGCGAGCAGGCGGAGGAUGGUGAAGACUUCCUCACAUUGCCGUCAAUCACGGCUGCAGAUCUCGAGUCCGACAAAGCAGAAACAGGCGACGCUACCCCUGUGGUUGCACUUCAGAAGCUCGAUUCGACUCCAGCCUUCUCCGGUGGCAUUCCCAUCGCAAUCUUCGAUGCCGCGAUGAAGCAAUUUGACCAUCGGCCUGACGUUGCCGAGAAGUUCUUCGAGAUGGUCGCCGCUGUCGAUCGUACUGCGGCAUCUGAGCGCAUAUUGAACCACAUGCUCGAGCACAUGCAACAACAUCAGCCUCACUCGCCGAGCACGGUGAUUUGCGAAGCCAGACUAUCGCUACACGGCAUUGAUGCGAACGGCGCCCAAUUCCCAGUUGCGCUCGGCCGGGCGCUCGCAUCACUCAAGCAGGGCCAGGUCGGCGAGGACAACCAUUCGAGACUGGCGCUCGCGGAGAAGGUGGUUUUGCUACUCAUACCGUAUCUGAGGUCAACAGAAGGUCUUGACGCGGAUGUCGAGAAGGUACUGGAAUCAACUUUGCGCCGGCAACUUCGCAUGCUGCACUCCGAGUCCGCCGGCAGAGGGAAGGGUACUGCGGCAGAGCAGCUGCUUGAAAACUUGCGCAAGGAAGGAAGGGAUGCAGAUGUUGAAGUCGUGCAACAGCGCUCUGGAUUUCUCCAGCGAUGAGAUUACGUGCAACGAGAUGAAAUUAAUAUGCAUAGCGUAGGAUGGUCAAUCGAGACCCAAUGAGGCUCACAUUGUCGAGGC